CAGGGCAUGCUGCUGAAGAGAAGCGGUAAAUCCCUCAACAAGGAGUGGAAGAAGAAGUACGUGACGCUGUGUGACAACGGACUGCUCACCUACCACCCCAGCCUGCAUGACUACAUGCAGAACGUCCACGGUAAGGAGAUCGACCUGCUGAGGACCACGGUGAAGGUCCCGGGAAGAGGCCGCCUCGCGCCGUGUCCACCUGCGCGCCCGUGCAGAGUCCCAAAACCAACGGCCUGACGAAGGACAUGAGCAGCAUGCAGCUCGGGCAGACUCCAGGUUCGGUGAGCAGCAGCUCGUCGGUGUCUCAGAUGGCGAGCGGCGUCAGCUUGGUGUCCUUUAACAGCCGAGGUCUGGAGGGGAUGCACCAGCGUUCCUACUCCGUCUCCAGCGCCGACCAGUGGACCGACGCCACCGUCAUCGCCAACUCCGGAGUCAGCACGGAUACCGGCCUCGGAGACUCGGUCUGCUCCAGUCCCAGUAUCUCCAGCACCACCAGUCCGAAGAUGGAGCCGCCGCCAUCGCCGCACGCCAACCGCAAGAAGCACCGGCGGAAGAAGAGCACCAGCAACUUCAAAGCCGACGGCCUCUCUGGUACUGCGGAAGAACAAGAGGAAACUUUGAGUUCACAUCGUGUGUUCGUGACGGGGGGCAGACGUGGCAUUUCGAAGCCACUUCGUACGAGGAGCGAGACGCCUGGGUGCAGGUCAUCGAGAGCCAGAUCCUGGCCAGCCUGCAGUCCU